UCAAUUCAGAUAUGUUUCCGCUUCCUGUUAGCCAAUGGAGGUUAAUACGAGCCUGAUAAAUGUCGGCGUUAGCUCGCUUAAUGUCUCCGUAACGUUAUCAAAUUUUCGAUAGUUAUCGAAUUUCAAUCCCCGUCAUUGGUUCGAUUAAAUAUUGACCAUAACAACAGCCGCACUGACAUCUGUUUUUGUGCUUCGAUUCAAAGGUUACAGCCAAGCGUCAUCGCUAUGAUAUCUGACACUGCGAAGAGUCGUAACCGAACGCUGCUGCUGGCUAACCAAAACUAACUAGCCGUUUAGCUAGUAGCUUCGUCGGCUAGCUAAGCUAGCUGUUUGCAAACACAUUGAGCUAGUUACGCUUAGAGGCCACCGUCGGGUUGAGAACAGGCAGAUGUGACCGAUCUGUGCGGUCACAGCCAGCAAUUCUUGGUUUCUUUAGCCCUCCUCCAUUCUGGGGCUAGGGCAAUCAUCAAGCUUUCUGGCUAAGAGGUUAGCAAGGUAGCUAACGACCUCCUUCUAGCUAGCCGAUUGCGCUUAUCAACAGCUGGCUACAUAACGAGUUAAGAUGGAUAAAGAGGAAUCGCAGCGGUUGAUAGAGAAAGCAAAGCUUUGCUUGCGAUCUGGACGGAGAGAAAAGGCACUUCAGCUCCUGUAUGAAGCCCAAAAGAUAUACCCCAGUACUCGGGCAAGAGUACUUAUCGAUGCGAUAGUGAGGAACGGGAGCUCCGCCGCCCCAGAGAGUAACAACGUCCCCCCGCCCAGGGGAUGGAGGAACGAGGAUUUGGGAGAGGGGAGAGGAGGGGAGGAAGGCAGCGCCGGAUCCAGUGAGGACAAGAAGAGCUACACAGAGGAACAGCGGCAGGGGGUUUUCAGGAUAAAGAAAUGCAGGGACUUCUAUGAGAUCCUCGGCGCUUCGAAGGAUGCCAGUGACGAGGACCUGAAAAAGGCCUACAGGAAGCUGGCCCUGAAGUUCCACCCAGACAAGAACUGCGCCCCGGGGGCCACGGACGCAUUCAAAGCGAUAGGCAACGCGUACGCCGUGCUGAGCAACCCCGAGAAGCGUCUCCAGUACGACCAGUACGGGGAGCAGGCUCCCUCGGACGGCCCCCCGGGGGCCCACGCCCGCCACGCCCCCCACCGCUCCUUCAACAGGGACUUUGAGGCCGACAUCUCCCCUGAGGAGCUCUUCAACAUCUUCUUCGGCGGGAGGUUCCCCACAGGCAACAUCCACGUGUACACCAACCAAGGGGCCACCUACUCCAACUUCUACCAGCCUCGACGCAGGCGCCCCUACGAGAGACGCGAGGAGGAGGUGGAGGAGAACCGCAGUCAGAACACCUUCACGGCCCUGCUGCAGCUGCUUCCUGUGCUGGUGCUCAUCCUCAUCUCUGUGUUCACGCAGCUGAUGGCCACUAACCCCCCCUACAGCCUCUUCUACAAACCGGCCAUGGGACUGGUGGUCUCCCGGGAGACGCAGAACAUGGGCGUGCCUUACUACGUGGAUAAGGCCUUCCAGAAGGAGUACCGCGGGGACGCUCUGGACGAGCUGGAGAAGAGCAUCGAGAGCGACUACAUCGAGCACCUGCAGAACACCUGCUGGAAGGAGAAGCAGCAGAAGUCCGACUUGGCCAACCUGGGCCAGCUGUACCGGGACGACCGGUUGAAGCAGAAGGCCGAGUCCAUGAAGCUGGACCACUGCGACAAGCUGUAUCGCUUUGUCGGCCGGCAGAGGGGAGAAUGAGGACUUCUGGAGGACGAGCAGAGAGCUGUAUCUUCCACUAAAGUAUUGUUUAUUUAUUUUUUAUUUAUGAAACCGGGGCACUUUUCUUUCUUUUUUUUUCUCCUCCAAGAAAUGUCUCUCCUCAAGCAGCGCAAUGGUGUCGGACAACGCCCUUUGAAGUGGGGAGGAGGGGAAAGGGGAAGGGGAAAGAAGAAAACAGUGCUUUCUCUCCUCUUGGAAGGAUGAAUAUGCAUGUAAGCUGCCAACCGUGGCCCUAUGUAGAUAACAAGAGCAGGCCCUGCCUGGCCGUGGCCCUGUCGUGUUCAUGCACAGAAGCCACCAUGUUACUUCCUUACAUUAAGGAAUUAAAGGCUUGUGACUGAGGUUUGAGACGGCUUGUUUCAUGCUCAAUCUUUGUGUUGCUUAUGUUUGUAUGAUUUUUUUUUUUUGUGCGCGUGUGUCAGUUACUAAGAUUGUCAUUCAUUUAUUUUGUCUGUCGGCAGCACUGUAUCGGAGUGUUCUUCAAUAGUUCUUUGGGGUGCGUAUGGCUUCAGCGUUUGUAUUGAUUUUCUGGUUCAUGAAAGAAGGUUCUAGUGUAAAACUGCAGUAAGCUCCAAGCUUAACCAGUGUUCCAGAGGGAUGAAAGCUGCUGUAAUGUGAAAAGGUGAGAUCGUAAAUGUUUUAAAAGUAAUAUAUAAGUCGACAAAUGUGUAGAUUUCCUUCCGUCUAGCGAAACAAAAAGCAAAGAGCUCUAGGUCUUUUAUAAUCCACUAGAUCCACUUUCUAUAAACGACGGAUCUCUUUUGUGUGGUACUGGAGAUUACCUGUCGGUCUGUUUUGGCUGUGCACUACCAAGACUAGCCAAAAGGUGAUGGUACUGUUGUCCAUCCCAUUGUCCAUUUGGUCAGACUGAUUGGAAAUACUGUAAUGUUGUUUUAUAUGAAAGCCCACACACAAACACACUUGCUGCAUGCAGCCCUACGAGAAGCUUGAGCCAUGCCCAGCAUCUCACCCUCUCCAUAUCUCCCCGUGGCACAAGAACAGUUCACAUGAAAUACUAGGGCUGGGCGAUUUCAAAACAAAAUGGAUGUCUCGAUAUUGUCCGAAACUUUACGAUAUUCGAUACGUAUCUCAAUAUGUUUUUAUUUAAAUAAUAAUAAAAAUAUGAUUUUCUUUUGCCUUCAUUAGAAAAAAAACAUUUAGAUAGAACAUAACAUGGUACUUGUAACUUGACAAAAUGGACCUCACAUGGAACAAUUCAUGCAGAGCUCCUUAUGUGACAGGACAAAGAGAGAGUGUCUGCGAGUGCAAUUUUCAGUUUGUUUACAUGCUCUUUGUGAGCAUGUGCACAAACGGUGUCUGUGUGUGUGUGUGUGUCUGUGUGUGUGUGUGUGUGUGUGAGAACACAGGGGAGCCAGACGGUGAUCCUAAAACACAAGCAACACAAGGACCUUUAAAAAAAAAAAAAAUCGAUAUUCACAAUAUUUUCAAAUUGUACAUCGUCCUGAAAAUGAUUGCGAUAUUAUCGCUAAUAUUCGAUAUAUCGCCCAGCCCUAAGAAAUACACACACCAACAACGCUGGUACUUGAUGAACCCAGAGCGCUAGGCUACUCCCAUGAUCGACUGUUACUAGUAGCAUUCUCAUGUAGGUUUUGCUUCCCCCUCCAAUUAGUUUGCGCUGUAGUUUGCAUCUUCUCACACUUUAUAUUGUUGACGUCCGGCCAUGAAGACAACUCGUGUAGCAGGUCGCUCGCCCAGUCACCAAUCACCUGUACUGUGGCUGUCUGCUAUUGGUCGAGAAGACUUGGUCAGUGAGGGUUCGAAGUAUUGUAACUGAUUGUCACUACUUGACUGAGAUGUGGUGUUCAGUUGAUUUGUGCACAGCAAAGGUUUGCUGGUGGUUUUAAUAAUAAAAAAUUCAAAUAA